UUGGAAAUAGAUGACGCAUCUACGUACAGCGAGAUGUUGGAGAUUGCAAUGAAAUGGACAGUUGAAGAUGGUUUCAAGCACUUGCUCAAGCUACCGGAUCGGUACGAAUUCGAUUCGAGCGUUCUCCGAGUGAAUGCCUACUAUUCUGCAAACCUCAAUUCUAUAAGUAUUCUUGCUGCCAUUCUCCAAUCACCUUUCUAUGAACGUGGUUUUCCCGGGUCAGCUAAGUUCAUCUGA